AUGAACUUAGUCACUCGAGCAGUUCAUCAGGAUACAAGAAUAGUCGACAAAAAGGAGCACCUUGACCACUUUGUUGUACUUUCUCUUGGAACGGGAUUAGAAGAGGGUAUUGAAUGGGACGCAAAAAAGGCUGCCACAUGGGGAAGCUUGAAGUGGAUUACUCACGAUGGAAGAACACCUCUCAUAGAAUCUAUCAUGAAUGCAAGUUCAGACAUGGUCAACAUUCAUACAGCUUUGAUGCUCCAUCAUGUCAAAGAAAACUAUCUUAAAAUCCAGGAAUGGCAACUAAAAGGAAGCGAAGCAAAGAUGGACCUCAGUACGGAUGAGAACCUGAGGAAUCUUGUGAAGAAAGGCCAGGAACUAUUGGAUAAGCCUGUUAGAAGUUUAAAUUUGGAGACUGGGCGUCCUGAGACAGUGAAGAACGACUACACAAACAGGAUGGCAUUGACUAAAAUGGCUAAACGACUCUCCAAGGAGAAGAAGUUGACGGAUAAACGGAGCGCAUCUUCUGCACUUUCUAUGAAUGGCCAUAGUGUUGGAAUAAACAUCUGA